AUGACUUCGGUGUGGAAGCGGCUGCAGCGGGUCGGCAAGAAGGCGGCCAAGUUUCAGUUCGCAGCGUCUUUCCAGGAGCUCAUGAUAGAAUGCACAAAGAAAUGGCAGCCGGACAAGCUGAGAGUGGUGUGGAUCAGGAGGAACAGGCGACACAGCACAAAGCUUCACGGUUGGCAGCCUGGCAUCAAAAACCCGUACAGGGGUCUGGUGGUGUGGCAGGUCCCUGAGAGCCUGGAUAUCACGGUCACUCUGUUUAAAGAAGCCACAGCCGAGGAGUUCGAGGACAAAGACUGGACAUUUGUCAUUGAGAGCGAGAGUAAAGGGCGCAGAAAGGUCCUGGCCUCCGCUGAUUUGAACAUGAAGCGAUACGCCAGCGCCACUCCGUCCCAGUGCGACAUCACCCUCACGCUCAAGCCGCUGUCGGUGAAGGUGGUGGAGGCGACGCUCAAACUCAACCUGUCCUGCGUCUUCCUCAAAGAGGGCAAAGCCACGGACGAGGACAUGCAGAGUCUGGCCAGUCUCAUGAGCAUGAAGCAAAGCGACAUCGGAAACUUGGAAGACUUCAACGACAGCGACGAGGACGGAGAGGAGCGACGGUUCAGCUACGGAUCCACACACGGCGUCUCGCUUUCUGGUUCUGGUAAAGUUCAUGAUGCGGCUUGGAGGCCUGGAACAGACAAGGACCAGAGCACUCUUCCUUCCUUUUUCUCCACCAUCUCAGCACCACUCAGCCCCAUUUACCCCUCUGCACCCCCCCUUGUCCCUGAAGCCAAUAAACCAUCUCUGUAUGACUACUCACUGCCCGCAUUCACCCCCGCCCACCCACCUGCCCUGCCCCGCAUCUUCCAGCCGGGGGCCACCACAGCUCCUCGGCGCGCUCCCCGAAGGCCCCACAGCUUCCACUGUGACUGGUCUCCAGCUGAGGGCUGGAAAGCCCUGGGUCUGUCCUCCACUCCUCCCAAUACUCUCACGUCUUCUCUUUCUUCUGCCCCUUCUGACUCUUUUCUCCAUCCUCAACCCACACGAGCAGCUGGUCCCACCUCCUGGAGAACUCAGAGCGUUCCUUCCAUCUGCUCUCCCCCCUCUCCCUCCACCUCCUCCUUCGCUCCCCCUGUCCCUCUCCUACCUCCACCUCCAGCUGUUUCCAGGAGGCCCAAAACCCGGGUCUCCUCUGCGGACUCUGGGUGUGCGCUCCUCACCCGCCCCACCAGUCUACCCUCUGCCCCUGAGUCAGCCCCCUGGCAGACUGAAUGGAUGCCCCCCAAAACCCAAGCCCCACUCUCUCAGCCCGCCCUGUCUCCUAAGUUUCUCCAUUCGAACGCUGACGACCCGGGGCUGACCACUGCGGGACAGAAAAAGCAGAAAAUAGACACGACACCUUCCUCCUCUGGAUUUGUCCCCUCUUGGAGACCUCCUGUUCCCCCUCGAGUAGAAAGCACCCCCUCUGCUGUGUCUGGGGCGCCUCCUCUUGCUCUCUUACCCCACACUGUUGUCAAAGCUUCUGUCAAAGACCAGGACACAGAGGUCCACCGACAGCUCAGCACCCUGAACGAAGAGGACACACUCUCUACAUCUGCUGAGCACAAAACCCCUGCUGUCCAAAAGUUUGGAGUGGAAGUAGUCAAAACAUCACCCGGACUUCAGAGCAUGGCCUCACUCCUGUCUACUAGUCCUCAAACGUCUUUAGAAACAGGAUCAAACCUUGCAGACAUCAGCCAAAUACCAAAGGAUACACUAAUGUACAGACGAACACUAGAUAUUUAUGAAAGAGGGCAGUGUGCUCCUCCCACACUACCGAAACCGCAUUUAGAAUUACACCCCAAUGCAUCCAAAAAACAAACAAAACAACGAAAAAGGACAACAAAAGCAACGCAAUCAGAUGCCCAUGUCAGAGAUUCUGGAACUGCCAUUUUGCCUAUACUUGAAGAAUGCCUUCACUCAGAAAAUGGGGACAUCACCAAAGAAAACAGAGUCAGUGUUACAACAGCCGAUAGUUAA